AAUAUUCUCUUACAUAAUAUAGAAUAUUGAUACAGUGUUUUCCAAAAUGUUAUAUGAAAAACGUAUUAUGGUACUCAUCUGGAUUUGCCUUCUUAAUUUUAUGUUCAAUGUUUCAGAUUUGUGCUAUGUAGGAUCAGGAGUCCUACAGUGCUGUUUUGGAUAUGUUUGGAAUAGGAUAGAGAACAGAUGUAUCCCAUGUGAGGAUGGUUAUUUCGGACAAAACUGUAGUGAUCCCUGUCCUCCACCUAAUUUUGGUCAAACCUGUCGAUCAAAGUGCAACUGUACUGAUGACCAAUAUUGUCAUCAUGUGCGUGGAUGUAUUCAACCACACGGUGCAGUUGGUUCCUGUCAAAAACCAAUAUUUAAACCAAAAGAAGACUCAAGUUUCACGUCUCUUCUGUGGGCUGCAGUAGUUUGUCUGUUUAUCAUAUCUGCAAUUUUUUUCACCUCUUAUAUGUACAUUAAAUUAAGAAUAAAACCAUAUGUAGAUGUGACACAAGCUUUGUAAGAAUAAAAACUUUCCCCACUUGUAUA